CUUAUAGUGUUGUUAUCCAAAAGCCAAAACUCAACCAAUUAAAAAGCUGAAUGUUGAAUGAAUGAAAUAGCACAAUAAUUCAAUAGUGUAAUAUUUAUAAAAUGUUACUCUAAAACACACAUACCUUUAGUUAUGCAACAUUUGCCUUUUACUUAUAAUGUGGCAUAUUUACAGGGUAGUAUGGGCUAGUUUGUACAUAUUUUGUCUUUUUGCCUGGAUUUUAACCUGAAAUGUUCCUUUUUAUUCUUUUAGAGGCAGAGGUCGAUCUGAACUUUCUUUAUCCUCCAUCUGGAUGAUGAAGACCAAUUGUUCCUUGUUCCUUGCGCAUGUUUGCCAUUACCUGCACUGAAAAACGUGCAAGAAUAAACUGGGGAAUUUACCCUGAUUUUUUAACAGGUACGCAGCAGAAGGGAAAAGCGUUUUGCAUAGAUUAGCCUACUUUCCAAAACAGACUGAUAAAAGGUACAGCCUAAUGAUGAAAUGAAACAAUAAAAAGAUUACGACACUCUGUAACAGCCUACCGUCCCUGUAGGAAUAGUGAAUCUCUGAACAACAAAAGGGUGGAGGAGCGUCGUGUGUGUGUGAGGGGGGUGGGCAGGAUAAGUGGCCGCUGUUGUUGGAGACACUUCAGGAGUUCACGAUGUUGUUUGUAACAGCCUGCCGGUGUUUAGAUCUGUUUGUUGUUUUGUCUAUGCUGUUUCCGUUUAUCCACGCGAACCGGAUUAUCACAGACAGACCGGACCACCAGAAGUCCACCACCACGACCGGGCUCGGGGUGAAGGAGCACUCACAGAUUGUUGCCCAGCACAAUAGGCUGCGCAGCCGGGUCAAACCCAUGGCAGCUAACAUGCAAAAAAUGGAGUGGAAUGAGACGUUGGCCUUACUUGCAAAAGAGAGGGCAGCAUCGUGUGAGAGAGACCCCUACCCUGAGCACUCCUCAUCUUUCAUUCACAUUGGCUGGAACACACAUCUUUCUGCUUAUGGUGUCACCUCAUUUUCUGAUGUCAUUCACUCUUGGUUUGAGGAAGGGAAAGAUUUUCUCUACUUAAGUGGGCAAUGUAGAGAGAAUGCCACAUGUCAACACUAUACGCAGUUGGUGUGGGCCACUUCCAGUCACGUUGGCUGUGCCAGCCAGCUGUGUCUGAGAGAGGGAGACCUCUGGGAGAGAUUUGUCUGUGCAUAUUACCCUGGGGGUAACUGGGAGGUGAAUGGUUGGCUUGUGAUGCCCUACAAGAAAGGGGUGUACUGCUCUCUCUGCACCUCUUCCAUGUCUGGCUGCUUUAGACUGUGGGACCAUGUAGGUGGAUUAUGUGUGUUUUUUCUCUCAGAGAUUCCAAGGAAUCCGUGUCGUAUGAGCUGUGGCCAGCACGGCCAUCUUAACAUCUCAUCCUGCAAGUGCAAGUGUGACCCUGGCUUCACCGGACGCCUCUGUCAGGUGCGGUGCAGGGUGCAGUGUGUACACGGUCGUUUCAAAGAAGAAGAAUGCUCUUGCUUGUGUGAUGUUGGCUAUGGUGGUGCUGAGUGUGCUGAGAAAGUGCAGUUUCCCUUCCACCGCUGUGAUGUGAUAAUAGAUGGUAACUGCUUCAUGGUGUCUUCGGAAGCUGAUACCUACUAUGGAGCCAAGAGUCAAUGUAAGGAACGAGGCGGCAUUCUAGCUCACAUCCACAAUCAGAAGGUUCAGGACAUCCUGGCAUUUUAUCUCAGUCAACUGGAGACAAAUAACGAGGUCACCAACGUUGACUUUGAGACAAGAAACUUCUGGAUUGGUUUGACAUAUAAGCCUCUGAAAGAUUCAUUUCGCUGGGACACAGGAGAGAUGCCCCGAUUCAGCAGCUUUGCCUUUGGGCAACCUGACAACCAAGGUUUUGGAAACUGCGUGGAGCUGCAGGCAUCAAGUGGCUUUAACUGGAAUGACCAGCGCUGUAAAACACAGAACCGAUACAUUUGCUUGCAUGCUGCAGAGCACAUUGUCCAGUGGGAAGAAGGCAGGUGACCCGUCUCAAAGGGGUGAAACUAUGUGUGCAGUACAUGGUUGGGACAAUGGUCACUGUUGUUGCUAUAUGCUUUGUCAAUCAUUGUACAUGUACUGUAUAUACUGUUGGUCUAAUGCAAAUGUUUUAACAUUAAAUAGUUGUA